UCUUCGGGGAGGACCGCUUCAGUCCGGUAGUAAUCCUCGCGUGUUCUGCACGGAUAUGUAGUGCCGACCUUAGUCCACAGACAGUCGAGUGUACCUUGUGUUCCUGUUAUUUUGUAUAUUUUGCAGGCAAGAAUGAUCGGCUUGUCAUUCUUUCUAGUGGGGAUUGUCGGUGUAUUCUGUGUGGUGAAGCACGACGGCUGUUACCCCUCGCCGUACAGAAGCUACGACGGCACCUGCAACAACGUCAGGCAUCCUUUGUGGGGUUCGGCUUUUUCGCCUUAUUUGCACACAAGCCAUGACCGGAAAUCAGAUAAAAAUUUCCCAAAUAGUGCAAAGAUUGUUGAGACACUGAACACCCUCAAUAAGCCGUUGCAUCAUGAUCAUAUCACUGGAAUAUUGGGCCUUUGGGCUGACCUGAUCUCCCGUGAUUUAUCGCAGCCCAUUCUUAUGCCUGAGGGAUUGUUAAAUGGUGCUACUGGAUACCUUGACGCGUCGUCAAUAUAUGGUGUGGCUGAUGAGCAAGUCGACAGGAUAAAAUCCCAUCAUGGAUACAUCAACAUCAACGCAUGCGAUUUAUGUCAGUCUGGCUCUGGGAUUGGAGUUCUCUACAGCCUCUUCUACAAAGAGCACAACAGGAUUGUGGACGAGUUGACCAAGUUGAACCGAGCUUGGCCAGAAGACAUUCUGUUUGAAGAAACGAGAAAAAUAGUGUCAGCUCAAAUACAACACAUUACAUUUAAUGAAUUUUUGCCGAUUGUCCUACAAGAGAAUGAUUGGGGGCUACCACUUAAGACGAGAGGAUUUCACAACGAUUAUUCAAGCUCAGUCGAAGCUGGUACAAUAUACGAAGCCGCUAUCACAUCCCUUAAUGUCAUUCCUUCAGUCGUCCCUCCAAAUCUUAGUAUUACCAAUGAGACUGGCACUUUGUCCGAUUCAGGGUUUGUGGGAAUACUUCAAUCAUCAUUCCUAACACCUGCAAAAAUGCCAAACCUUAACUUUAACAAAUUUAGAGGGUACCCUUCGGCAUCCCAAAUAUUAGAUCAAUCUAGGCAUAACCAGGCUGCUAGCUAUAUCGAACAAGUAAAAGAAUGCACAGGUGAAUACAUAUCUGACUUUUCGCAGAUCUUGUUUGUUUCAGAAGAAAACAGAAAAUUGUUAUCAACACUUUACAGCGAUGUUUCUCAAAUUGAUUUACUCAUCGGUGGUAUGCUCGAAUCACCUCUUCACGGUGCUCUCGUCGGUCCUACUUUUGCAUGCUUGCUUUCCAAGCAAUUUAAUUUGCUUAAAGUUCAUGAUAGAUUCUGGUAUGAAAAUGAUCUCCCUCCUGCCACAUUUUCAUCAGAACAAUUGACUGAAUUGAGAAAAGUAACACUAGGAGGACUUAUUUGUCAAAAUAUAAAAAGCUUGCCCAGUAUUCAGCCUAAGGUGUUCCUCCAAGAAGAUCCCUUUUUGAAUGCAGGAGUGUCAUGUGACCACCAUAGUAAAAUGGAUUUGAUAGCUUGGAAAAAUGUAGAAAAUCGAAUUGACGAGCAAGGCCCUCUUCUGACGAUGGAUUUGGUCAAGCAAGCCUUGAAAAAAGCCGAGGAAGAUGUAGCCAGGCGGCAGAGACAGGAAUAUGUUGUUUAUGUAAACCACGGAACAGUGGAUCCAAAAUCACCUAUCGGAACUGCUGCUGCAUUCAGCAAACCUAACCGGAUGGCCCUAACCAUGGCAAACAAUUCAGUUCUUUUUGAAUACGCUUCUCAAGAACUUAUGGCCUUCAUGGUCGCAAAACAGAGGAGACGAAGACAAUUGGAUGGGGAUAAUGUGAUUGGAUUUGACCUGUCUGUAAAGGAUGUAUUCUCCGAUUUGGACAUUACCGAUCUAUUUCCCCCUUCUAUCAGACACGAGGAACCAGAAUGUCAUGAAGAAAAUGGUCCAUGUGACCCGAGAUCACCAUACAGGAGUUUCACCGGACAAUGUAACAAUCUAGAAAGGCCUAGACUCGGAAGAAGUUUGACUACUUUUGCCAGGCUGCUGCCGUCAGUUUAUGAAAACGGCAUUUCAAGUCCGAGAUCGACAUCUGUAACUGGAGCGCCACUUCCUUCUGCAAGACUGGUUUCAUCUAUGAUACAUGCAGACAUCUCCUAUCUUCACAAAAGAUAUACAUUAAUGCUCAUGCAGUUCGCUCAGUUUGUCGAUCACGAUAUUACAUUCACACCAAGUCACAGAGGAUUUUUUGCCUCGAUUCCGGACUGUAGGUCGUGCGAUUCUGCUUUGACCGUUCACCCGGAAUGCAUGCCGAUUCCAGUUCCGAUUGGGGACCCUUUCUUCCCACAAAGGAACAUUAGCACUGGGGAACGGUUUUGUCUUUCUUUUAUGAGAUCUCUUCCUGGUCAGCAGCAACUAGGGCCAAGAGAACAGAUAAACCAAAAUUCAGCUUAUCUCGAUGCUUCACAAGUUUACGGAGAAAAUUCAUGUCUGGCCCGUGAGUUACGAGGUUACGGGGGUAGGCUGAAUGUGACAACUCAUCCAACAAGAGGAAAAGACCUUUUACCUGUCUCCCCAAUUCAUCCAGAAUGCAAAGCCCCUUCAGGGUACUGUUUUAUUGCAGGUGACGGACGAGCGAGUGAACAGCCUGGGCUAACAUCAAUUCACACGGUGUACAUGAGGGAGCACAAUCGUCUUGUGGAAGGGCUUAGAAAGAUCAAUUUGCAUUGGGGCGAUGAGAAACUGUACCAAACUGCCAGGAAAAUAGCCAUCGCUUCUUACCAGCAUGUCCUUUACAAUGAAUUUCUCCCUAGACUUCUAGGAUGGAACGCAAUCAAUUUAUACGGGCUUAAACUUCAAAACCAUGGAUAUUACAAAGGUUAUAGCAGGACGUGCAAUCCAAAUAUUGUAACAGAAUUUGCAUCGGCAGCGUACAGAAUCGGCCAUAGUCUGUUGAGGCCGCAUAUGCCAAGAAUGAGCCCAGCAUUCACUCCAGUUGAACCGUCAAUUCUUCUUAGAAAUACAUUCUUUAAUCCAGACAUCAUUUAUCAGCCUCAUAUGAUUGAUGAGAUAAUGAGGGGACUUUCAGCGACCCCAAUGGAAAGUCUAGACCAAUUUAUAACAGGAGAGAUCAGCAAUCAUUUGUUCGAGGACCGAAGGAUACCACACUCCGGAAUGGACCUCCCAGCCUUGAACAUCCAAAGAGCGAGAGACCAUGGGAUCCCUCCUUAUAACGAAUACCGUUCGCUGUGCAACCUUAAAAGGGCCACAUCUUGGGAAGACCUGAGCCGUGAGAUUCCAAUGGAAGUCAUCAAACGACUUAAGGUCAUCUACCCGACUGUGAACGACAUCGAUCUUUUCCCUGGUGGUUUGAGCGAACGCCCACUUCAAGGUGGUCUUGUAGGCCCGACUUUUGCAUGUAUCAUCGGCUUGCAAUUUAGACAACUUAGAAAAUGCGAUAGAUUCUGGUAUGAAAAUGAAGAUGCAGUUGUGAGGUUCACUGAAGCCCAACUUGCAGAGAUCCGUAAAACGACACUGAGCAAAGUUGUGUGUGACAAUUUAGACGUGCCUUCUGAAAUUCAGAGAUCAGUUUUUGACCAGCCCUCAGACUUUUUAAAUCCAAGGGUAUCCUGCCACUCACUGCCAUCGAUUGACUUGAAAGCUUGGAGAGAAACGGUUCAAAAAGGGUGCCAAAUUGCAGGCAGGUCAGUGCCCGUCGGAGAAUCCGCAAUCCCGACACCAUGCACAAGCUGUAUAUGCACUUCAGAAGGCCCUCAAUGUGCAUCGUUGAGAGUAACUGACUGUGGGCGGCUCCUGCGUGAAGCCGGUCAGGAUGCGGUACUCAGGGACGAGGUGUGCGCCUCUCAAUGCAGCCCAUUCUUGACGGACACCGUCACCGUGAGCCUGACGACCAGGAGGCCGAGGACGCGCGUAAGGGAUUUCAUACCGGCGGGACUUCUACCGCCUCCUCUGCAGGUGAAGAGGAGGCCCUCGCUCAGGAGCUUCAUCUCCGAAUUUCCUCAUUUCUAAGCACUUUAGGAUGAACAAGUCUAUUUAUAAAAUUUCACAUUUUAAUACCCCCACCUGUUACUCGGAUAUUCGUCCAAGGCACUUGAGAACCUAAA